AUGGAAUUGAAUAGGGGAGCAGGACUAGUGGCUAACUCGUUACUGUUGUCAAAGUUGAAGUCUCUCACUACGGUGGUCCGUGAAUAUCUGGUGUCUUUUCGCCCUGGUGUUGCCUGGUCUACUUUGUGUCUUCCUCGCAAAUUUGGUGGUGUUGGUCUCGUGGAUAUAGCAGAUCAGAGCUUAGCUUUGCAUCUUGUCUAUUUGCAACGUUUGUUGCGUCCACCCUCUCCUAGUGAUUUUGUCUCCUCUUGGUUGGUGUAUGCUUUUCAAGUUUACACUGGUCAUAAGUCCAUCUUGCCAUGGUUUUGUUUUCCUGGUCUUUACCAGUCUCGUGUGUCAUCUGUGCCUGCUUUAACACAUCUUGGAAAGCUUUUGUUGAGAUUGCCAAAGUUAGUUCCUUCCUCUGGUUGGUCUGCUAGGUGGUUUCUUGAUCUUCCCUUGUGUUCUGUACUCAGUACUGUGCCUUCUGUUCGUCCUCCUCGUGAUCCAUCAUCUCUUGAUCCUCGUUUCUUGGUGUCGGAUGUCUCUUUCUGGCAACCUGAUCUAGGUAUAGUUGAUGGUGUCACCUCUCAUCUUGCUUGGUCAUCUCGUGUUUUGCGCCCUGUUUUUCUUGCCUUGAACCGUGAUCGUGGUCCUGUCUCUCUGGUAUUCCCGCCUGUCAUGGAUAGUAAGAUAACUGUCUCCAACUCGUCUCGUUCUGCUGCUCCGGUUGCUCGUCUCUCUCUUGGUGCUUUGCGAAGGUAUUGGCACCCUGCAAAGGGUACCAUUACCUCUCGUAUGGGUCCUCCCUUGAAGUUGCCUGCUCAUUUGUUGCUGUCUCCUGCUUUGUGGCGUACUUUCUGGUCCCUGGAAAUGCCUGCAAAGGCUUUCACACCUUAG